UGUCUCUUCCGGUCUGCUUCCAUCGUGGACGUAGACUGUGUCUGGAUUAUCCCAGAAAUAUCUUGGUUCAUCGUCACAUCUGUCAGGGGAAAGACAAAUUUUAACCAUGACAAGAUUCUUAGGAAAGUUUCUACUUCUUUUGCUGCUUAUAUUGCCUACAACAGUUCUUCUUGUCGGACAAGGCAGCAGUGUCGUUGCCCAUGCUGAGGAUGCAGGGGGUGAUGCUGUAGAGGGAGAGGAGGAUGAGGCCACAGUGGAGACAGAUGAGGGGCCAGCAGGAGGGAUGGAGCAGGAAGCAGCUGUUACUGAAACGGGAGAAGAGGCUGAAGAAGAGGAUGAGGAAGAUGAAAGAGCCUUGAAGCCAUCUCCUAACGCUGACACUCAACUCCUCUUUACCAAACCUACAGGAACAGAUUUACCAGCUGGAGGUAUAGUUCGUCUCUUGGUUGGAUUCACCAACACUGGUGACAAGGACUUCAUUGUGGAGACCAUGGAUGCUGCUUUUAGAUAUCCACAAGACUACAGCUUUUAUAUCCAAAAUUUCACAGUUGUGAAGUACAACACAGUGGUUGAACCAAAACGACAGGCCACAUUUGAGUAUGUGUUUUCCCCAAGUGAAGCUUUCCAUUCCAGACCAUUUGGCUUAACAGUGAAUUUGAACUACAAAGAUAGUGAAGGACAACAGUUUCAGAGUGCAGUAUUUAACGAGACAAUCAAUGUUGUAGAGUUGGAGGAUGGACUGGAUGGAGAAACGUUUUUCCUCUAUGUAUUUUUGGCUGCUGUGGGUGUGCUUCUGUUGGUUGGAGCUCAACAACUUUUGGCUACGUAUGGGAAAAAAAGGCUCUCUCGACCCAAGGCACCAGUUGAAAUGGGAACCCAGAACAGUGAUGUUGAUUACGAUUGGCUCCCAGAAGAAACAUUACAAGAGAUCAAGCGAUCUCCAGGAAGAUCUCCCAAGCAGUCUCCGAGGCAACGCCGGAGUAAAAGACAACAAGGCUCAGCUGAAGACUAAGAUGGAGAUGGAAAUUAAAGCUGACACAUCUCUUAGCUGUUCCAUAGAAACCAUUUUUGAAAGUAGUUACCAGCUACUUUUUUGGAAGAAACCAGUUUUUCACAAAAUUUUGAGAAAAAGAAAUAUUUUAACCUUGCAUCAUUUCAUUUGAUGGGGCCCCAAGGCAGCAAAUUGUGAGAACUAGCAUUUUCCACAGGUUUUAUUAACACAGCUCAGACACUGUCAGAAGGCAGCGCUCAGAAUUGUUCCUUUGCAAAAGUGGUUUGGUUUGUUAAGUUCAUUUAUGAAACAUUGAUAGUUUAAAGAGGUUAUGAGAGAAUUCCCAACACACUGGAACUAUAGAUUAUUAUGGGAAAAACAAUCACCAACCAAAUAAGGAAGGAAAUAAAAAGCAGCUACGAAUUGCUAAUGAUACUAGUGCUUCAUUGUGAAUCCCACCUCAGCACAGUGUAAUCUCUACUGAUGAAAUGGAGCUGGAAACCCGUGCAACAACUAGUGUGAGAUCCUGGUAUACCAUUCUGCAGAUCUACACCUGUAGUCCAGCAUAGUUCUUCAGUUUGUUUGUCUUGGGGCCCUAUCUAUUACACAUUCGCCUUACUGUAGAUGGCAAAUACUGGCUUAAUCACUCAAGUAAAAUGAUAUCAACCUAUAGAACUGAGCAGUUCUGUGUAAUUCAGUCACCAGUAUUUCCUCAUGUCAAGACAUUUUUUCUAUACAUAGUACUUAUAAGCUCAAACUGUAAACAUGUAGUACAAACAGUUCACAAGUUACAUAGUUCUUGGAUAAUAUUGGGUGCUGGGAAGAAGUAGAAAAGGUUAAAAUUCUGGUAGUGAGCGUGUUUGAUAUGAAAGAAAUAUUUCACAUUCUCAAAACUUUUUGUAUCUUAUGCACUUCACAAUGGGGAAAAAACACACAAGAUGUAAAGAUGCAAGCUUAUUUCCAUGCAGAUUAAAAAAGAUGACGGCAUAACAAUAAUCGUGUAUCAAUGUCCUUUGUAAGUCCUUUCGCGUAUAUGUAAAGUAUUGUGUAUAUAUAUAUAUAUAUAUAUAUAUUAGAGAUGUAUGAAAACAAAUGGCAAUGGGUGAAAGUUCAGAAUUAUUCUUACUGCAUUUGUACCCGUUAUUAUUUGUGAAGUGAAUGGGAAUCUUCUCUUCACCACUUUGAAUAUUACACAUAUUUCAAAGCGCAGAAAAGCAAGUCAAGUAUUUGUUUUUAAUAUUCAAUGAAAUUGUCUUUAACUAAUGGUGUGUACCUUUUGAGUUCUCAUUGAUCUAAAUAAUUAUACCCCAGCCGCUGUUCCUCAUUGAUGUGAUCGAGGUGUAGUGUCUGAUAAUGCUAGGCAGUGGCUAUAUUAAAGCGAUAUACUAUGGUAGACAUAACGCUAUGUUUGAUCAUCUAGUCUCGAUAAAUACACGAACACAUUGUACAAGCAUUUUGUGGUUAAUCAGUUGUGAUUAUAUUGUACGCUAGGCUUUGUACAACUUUUGAAAUAUGAAACCUAGAAAUCACUUUUACAUGAUUAUACAUGUUAAUUACACCUAUAUUUUAAUAUAUAAGCACUUCUGUGUGCAAGUGACAUUCUGCAUUCAUUCUGGGAUGAUCAGAACAAUAUGCUACAAUACUUAUACCAGCAUACUGUAUUUUAGUCAUUCGUACAUCUGUAAUGUGAUCUAUGAUUUUUGAAUGGCAGAUAGUCUGCUAUAGCCAAAUCCAUGCUGAAAUUGAGAGUUCAAGGUCUGAUAAUGCUGUUUGUCAUUGCUCCAGUAUAAUUAUUCUACAUGUAUAUUUGAUCAGUUGUGCAAGAAUGAUCACUCUAAUAUCAUGUCUGGUCACUUUAACUCAGCAGAUGUGUGCAAAAGGCAGGAAAAAAAACUGAAGAACCAAUGUUUAUCUUUGAUCGAACUCCUGACUCGCGAAGUUGUUGGAUGUUGCGACAUAAUAUGUGUAGUAAUAUGCAAAAAAAAAAAAAAAUUACCGGCAUUCUGUUGUGAGAUCUGCGAGAAACAGUGCAAAUUUGCUGCACUCUUUUGCAAGAUCUGUGAGAAAAACAGUGUAACAUUCCAUGGUAAAUGUGUGUUAAAUGUAUCGUCCAGGAUUGUUUACAUUGGCUAUUGCCUGACUCAUUGUUGAAUCCACGGAAUUUACAUGUUACCUGGUACCAGAUAAAAAAAAUAAAAUGGUCUUGAUAUA